AUGUCAGACUCAGAGUCACUCAGAGAGCUGGAAGAAGAAAUGGACGACUAUUUAGGCCGUUACCGCGAGCAGCGGAUGGAGGAACUGGCAAGGGAGAUAGAGCACGCAAAGCGCGGCGAGGACGCGUACCAAGAGGUUCAUGACGAGGGAGAGCUGAUGCGCAAAACGGUCUCCACCCAGACCGUGGUAAUACUAUUUCAUAAUCCAGAAUUCCAGACAUGCCAGAUAGUGGACAGCGCUCUUAGAGAGAUAGCUUCCAGAUACUACGAUACACAGUUCUACAAGAUAAAAGCCACAGAAGCACCGUUUCUCGCUGUUAAGUUGCAAAUCAAAGUUCUGCCAUGCAUUGUGAUAUAUCGUGACGGCAAGGAAAUCCAAAGAGUGGUAGGACUCGAAAGUCUCAUCGAUGGAACAGAUAUCGGCACUUUCACAACCCAGAGGCUGGAAAAGUAUUUUCUCAAGUGCCACGUUAUCAAGCCAAGAGUCCUGGACAUGAAGCAUUGA